AUGACAAACGACGUGCCCCAAAGCGUGAGCAAUGAGGCAGCAUCAGAAGACUCGCAGGCCAACGGAAAAAGUCGCUCGCGGACUGAGGGAUGGCGGACAUGGUUCGCUCGGAAGCCUUCGACCAAUGCCUCAGGGGGCUCCACUCCUUCUGAUGAUGAGAACAAUGUAGAAAAAGAGAGGCCAGAAAGAUGGAGCAUGGGCGUGCUCAACGACAAAACAACCGAGGAAGUUCCAGGGACUGUCCUACUAAUGUCGAACACUGAUCGAAAUGAGCCCCUUGGUCUACAGAAUGCGCCAGCUAGGACUUCGGCUUCCUCCCUACCGUCGCCUUUCCCGCGCUCUCGAUCACCCAGCGAGAGACCGUCGCUUGGCAGAAGAAUCUCCGAAAGGCCCGUUGAGGAAAAGAAAUACACAUCAGAUGGAAAGAUUAUUCUGGAGCCACAGCCAGAAGAUACUCCCAAUGAUCCCCUCAACUGGCCCUCUCUGAGAAGAGAUGUUGCGCUUUUGUCCAUAGGAUUUUAUUGCAUGCUCGGAGGAGGCAUGACGCCGGUACUCGCUGCAGGUUUUCCGAACGUAGCAAAGACGUACCGGGUCUCAGUCCCGCAGGUUGCGCUCACCACAGGUUUAUAUAUGAUGGGACUUGGUUUGGGCUCGGUGAUUGCCUCCCCCACAGCCAUCAUAUGGGGCAAACGUCCAGUGUACCUCGUUGGUAUCAUUCUUUUCAUCAUUAGCAGCAUCUGGUGCGCCCUUUCGCCCAACUACGCGUCGCUAGUCGUUGCGCGAAUAUUCAUGGGAUUGGCCGUCAGUCCGUGCGAGUGUUUGCCAUCAGCAAAUAUCGCAGAGAUUUUCUACUUGCAUGAGCGAGCGUACCGACUUGGCGUAUAUACUCUGUUAUUACUAGGAGGAAAGAACUUAAUUCCUCUGGUCAGCGCUGCGAUUAUAGAAAGUCUUGGAUGGAGAUGGGUGUUUUGGAUUGUGGCAAUAGUAGUUGGCCUCUGCUGGUUCCUAAUGUUCUUGUUCGUGCCAGAAACGUUUUGGGACCGAACACCGCGUCCGCACGCUAAGCGGAGACAGGGUCUAGCUUCGUUGUCAACAUUCUUUCACCAUCCGCAAGACAGGAAGAAUGCAGCUCCAACUGGAUUGGGCAAGACUCCACAUGAUGCAGUGCAAACCUCCAGUGGGCUUGCUGAUCAAAGCAAACACAAAGGUCAUCAUGUUGGUUUCCUAGAUCAAUCAAAUUCAGAAGCUGUCAACAGUAAUACAGAAAGACUGGGUGCCCCUGAUAAUUUGAGCCUUUCGAAUAGCAGGACGACAGAUCUAAACGAAUUAAAGUCGAGCUCAGUCUCACCUGCGGUGGGUAAUAAUCAAAGGCAGGGUCAAGAUAUAAACAAUGACGACGCAGUUCGCGACGCUAUGCCGCGCAGUAUUUCCCCACCAAAAGGGCCUGGUCCUGAUAGAUUAGAUACGAGCACCGUCGAGAGGCGGGAUGACAAUAAUUCUAAGUUGUCAUUGACUUUCCGUUUACCAACAAAUGAUUCUAGUGGAGAUUCUAUCAGUGAGAAGGUCCCAGCAGCACCUCCUCUCACCAGUGGACAGAGAUAUACAAGUGCUUUGCGGAGUCAGCCCCCUAAGACUUACUUGCAGACUCUCAGACCCUGGAACGGCAAGCUUCGCGAUGAAAACUGGUUUUAUGUAGGGCUGCGUCCGUUCAUCCUCUUUGCUUAUCCUUCGAUAUUAUGGAGCGCGUUGAUCUACUCUUUGAGUGUUGGCUGGCUCAUAGUGCUUUCAGAAGCUGUCUCGGAGAUCUACAAAGGCCGUGAUACUUAUAAUUUUACUUCACUACAGGCUGGCCUCGUCUAUAUUUCCCCUUUCGUGGGUGGUAUUCUUGGUACUGCAGUGGCUGGCAAGGUUAGCGACAUCAUUGUUCGCUAUAUGAGCCGACGCAAUUCUGGUUUCUACGAGCCGGAAUUUCGCUUGGUCAUGGCAAUACCGAUCACAAUUUCUACAUGUAUCGGAUUAAUGGGUUUUGGUUGGAGUGCAGAAGAGAAAGACAAAUGGAUCGUACCCACCAUCUUCUUUGGUGUCAUAAGUUUUGGCUGUUCGCUCGGCAGCACAACAGCCAUCACGUUCGCCGUGGACAGCUAUCGACAGUUUGCAGGGGAGGCACUUGUAACUUUGAACUUCUCCAAGAGUAAGCGCCAAUACAACAUUGCCAAGCAGAAAACUAAUUUGAUACACUAG